GAGGAAACUGUCUAAAUCUCACAUCCACGCCGACGUCUUGCAUUAAAAGAAAACACACAUCCCCGCACCAUGGUUACAUUCUGAACACGGGGUUAGAAUGGUUCAACUGAAUGAAAAUAGCAUGGAACUAUCAAAAUUUAUCAGAGAAAGCGCUGGAUGUUAUACAUUAAGAGAAUAGCUUUGCAGAGGUGGUCCAGCUCGAAUCCAGCUAGAACUUACUGUUUUCAUGCAGCCUGGCCGGCUAUUUUUGGCACAAAAUUAAAGUACUUUUAUUAUUGACACUACGUAAUGCUGCAGUUCACAGAAACCGUGCCCAAUUCUGCAUUGAAGUGCUGGGACCAAUUUACAAAAUCACAUCCUUUUAAUACUUGUAAAAGCAGGGUCGGGCAUUUACACUCCGCAUUCUGGACUGGCCGAGGCACAAGAACCAAGAUGGGAUGCCAAUUGGUGAACUCACGUGGUCCUCCUCGCUUGCUGUGGUAGCCGUGUCUUUUUCCGGUCUCUUCACCUUUAUCUUCCUCAUGCUCGCCUGCCUCUGUUGCAAGAAAGGAGACAUAGGGUUUAAGGAGCCGAUUUCUGCAGUCAAACAUUUCAGCCAAAAGGAAUUUGAGAAUAAUGAGGGAGAGGAUUACACAGGAGAAUUCUCACCCCACACCACUUCCUCGUCACAGAAUGGACCCGAGGUUUAUAUCCUACCACUCACAGAAGUCUCAUUUCCCGUGUCAAACCAGCCAUCUGCAAGACCAGGGCACUUCCUUCAUCAGACUGACUUGGGCCGUCAAAGCCUCCUCUACUUAAAAGAGGCAGGCAGUGGUUGGUUUGGAAAGGUGUUUCUCGGCGAGGUGAACAUCAACUUGAAUUGCUGCCAAGUGGUGGUUAAAGAGUUAAAAGCAGAAGCCAACAUUCAGGAGCAGAUGCGAUUCCUGGAGGAAGCCCAGCCUCACAGAAGCCUCCAGCAUCCCAAUCUGCUUCAGUGCCUAGCUCAGUUUACAGAGGUGACGCCUUAUCUCCUUGUCAUGGAGUUCUGUCAGCUGGGUGACUUAAAGGGUUAUCUGAGAACUCAUAAUGCAGCUGAUGAAUUGGCCCCUGAUCCUUCAACCCUACAGCGAAUGGCUUGUGAGAUCACAUCAGGCCUACAGUAUUUACACAAACAUAAUUAUAUACACAGUGACAUGGCCCUGCGAAACUGCUUGCUGUCUGCGGACCUGACUGUUAAAAUUGGAGACUAUGGACUUUCCCACAAUAAAUACAAGAAAGAUUACUUUGUAACUCCUGAUCAGCUCUGGAUCCCACUCCGCUGGAUUGCGCCUGAGCUUAUCGAUGACGUUCAUGGGAACCUGCUGGUGGUGGAUCAAACCAAGAUUAGUAAUAUCUGGUCCCUGGGUAUAACUUUAUGGGAACUGUUUGAAUUUGGUAACCAGCCCUAUCACCAGUGUUCAGAUAAGGAGGUGCUGACAUAUGCUAUAAAAGAACAGCAGCUGAAACUGCCAAAACCCUCACUGAACCUGCCACUGUCUGACCGCUGGUACGAAGUGAUGCAGUUCUGUUGGCUGCAACCAGACCAAAGACCCACAGCAGAUGAAGUGCAUCUGCUUCUCAGUUACCUUUGUGCAAAAGCAUCCAGUGAGGCAGAGGAAGAGUUUGAAAAACGCUGGAAUGCAAUGAAACCGAGUGGCUCCAGCACUAGCCACACAGCUGAGGUGUCCUCCUUUCCCCUCCUGGAGCAGUUUGGAACCAAUGGCUAUCACACUGAGGUGGAUGAUGUGCUGACAGUGACUGAGACAAGUCAAGGCCUUAACUUUGAAUAUAAGUGGGACCACACUCAAAUGGACAACUUUCCGCCAUCUACGGCUGGCCUGGCCCACGGCACCGCCCAGUUUCAAGAGAUCUACUUUCCCAACAGUGCUUCGGGAAGGCUGAGUUUGAGCGUCUCGCCCGUCUCCUCCAACUCCUUCUAUGAAUCGAAGCAGCAGUCUAACAUGCCACAGAAUCUGCAGCCGCCAGGCAUUGUACCAGUGAUCAGCGCGCACAGCCCUUCUGUAACUGGCGAAUACUACAUACGGAUCGAGGAACCAACUGAGUGCAAUAUGGACCUGGACUACACAAUGUGUUCCUACAGCCCGGAGUAUGACCCGAGCUUGCAUGUGGAGUUGUCGUCUUGGCAAGGAUUACAAGGAAGGGACAAUGUAGAUGACUGUGAGAACAGCCCGACUUUAUCCUUGACCAUGGAACCCCUCUUGGGUCAGGUAUCAUCAGCAACCCAAGAUUCCUGGGAAGACAGUCAAUAUUUUAGCAAGAGUAAGAGCCAAACACACUAUGAACAAUUCACGGUAGAUGAUGCUCAUCAAUAUUUGUUAGAGAACUACUCUGAAAAUAGUAACAACUGGAAAGUACAGAGUGCUGGAGAAAACAGUAGUGAUGACCCUUUGGGAAUAUCUCCUUUGGUAACAAGUUCCUUGAGAGAUUCCACUUCCUUACUCACAACAUCUUAUCACGAACUGGAUGAAACUGGAUCCGAAAGAGCUUGCCAAUCAUCAGCUGAUGAAGUGUUUAAUUAUUCUGUAAAUACAAUGUUACAUUCAGUCGAUGAUUUGGACUCUGUAAAAGUAAUUGCAAUUGGUGACCCCUCACCAGCUGGUCUGCCAUCCAGGAAGGGAACAACAUCUUCAACAAGCACUGAGGACGAAAACCUCUUUCUUUCUGGGAUAAAAUCAUGGGAAUCCAGUAAUUUCCUAAAUCACAACAAGAUGGAUUUAGCAAAGCAGUCACUCGAGCAGACAAAUAUCGGCGCAGAAUUAUUUCAAAGAGAAUUUUCAGAACCAGACCUGCAAAAGGUGGGAAGUGUUGUGCUUCUCUCAUUAUGUCAUACAGCAGACCCAAACAACUCCACAGCGAUUCAUUCAACGGACACAGAGAAUGGGCACUGUAACUGGAAGGCUAAGUACAAAGAAGCUGAUCAGGACAGUCAAAGUUUUGAUCAGUCACUCUCCACUACUUUACACAACAUAGCCCAGCAAGAAGAAAAUCAGAGUCUCAUUUCUGAUAGGUUACACUCUUCGAGAAGUGACGACCUUGUGGACCCUUUACUUGGCCAAGCUGUGAAGAGCUCGGCCCCUGGUAUCUAUAAUAAAACCAGGAUCCAGACGGACAGUAGUGAAAUGAAUUUACCUGGACCAGAUACAGACGUAGCCGGUGUGAAUGAGCAAUUGGAUGCAAUUGUUCAAGAGACGGAUCAAUUAAAGAUUGAUGGAGAAGAGAUUCAAAAUCCAACUGAACUGAAGAUUGAAAUAGAAAUCAGAGACAGCAAUGCCAUUCUUUCAGAAAUAGAAAUGGUCAGUGAUACAUAUCAGGUGGAAACUGCAGUGAGGGACUUUGCAAGCUCUCCCCAGUUUGAAACAGCUGACAAAAGUGACAAUUGCUUUUCAUCUGAUGUCGAAUCGAAAGAGCUUGACAGCUCUCCAAUGAAGACACUUUCCAGUGUAAGCUUUGCUGGAACAGAUGGGUGCAGUGAUGAGGAUGAAACAGAUAUCACAUCAGGAAUAUUCACAGACUUGACACAGGACUACGAAAGCAGUGAUCUUGUUCUCUCUCACAAAUCUCUGCAGAAACUUGUGGGGACUCCAGAUUCCCUGGAAUCUCUCGACAUCCCAUCGACAACUAGUUCCUAUGAAAUGUAUAGUCCGACAUCACAUUAUUCGUCGCUCCAGCCAAAGGCUGCAGACAGCGGCUAUGACACGGAGAAUUUUGAAUCCCCGGAAUUUGUCUUGAAGGAACCAGUUGAACAGAAGGAUCCUGAGCUGUUCACCAAAGUAAGCAAACCCAGCAAUGUUACUGUACUGAAGGUGGGCAGUGAUGGCACUGAAGUGUCGCCAGACUCUAAGCCACAGCGCAUUGACGAAAAAAAUCCCUACCGGGACUCGGCGUAUUUCUCAGAUUAUGAUGCUGAGUCUGAAAGAUACCAAACCUUAGAUUCAGAGAAAGAUGACCUUGUGCAAGAUGAGAUUGAACUGAAUGAAGGCGACCUCACAGUUAGUCCUCUACAAGAUGUUGAUUGUCUGUACUUUGGUUCUUCACAGACUCACACCCAGACUGACCUGCAGCAAACUGAAAGCCUGAAGACUGCAGGGAGAAAUUUAGAGCAGUGCAAUGUGAUCCAAAAGAUAGAUAAUGAUCUUGCAGAGGGCUUAGCGAGCAGUCAAACCUCUGCAGAGGUUUCUAUUCUCAUUGAAAGACAGAUGGACCCUACACCUGAUAACCCAGUAUUGACAGAAGCAGAACCCAAACUGCGAUCAGAAUUCAGUAGUUCUGUAAUAAAUGAGGGGUCUCACAAGCAGGACUUAGAAACUGAGAAUGGUGAGAAGGCGAUUCAAGCUGACUAUUUAGUUUGUAAGCAGGUACUAGAUGAAGCAGCUAGCUCCAAUUCGGAGAACAAUGAUGGAUUUUUUCAAAGCAGCUGCAAUUCAGAAAACAUCCUCCUAAAGAAACAGGUAUCUUCACGUAAGAAAGGGUACCCUCACAAAACGUCAGGCUGCAUCUUUGAUGGCACAGAAUUAAUACUUGAAGAACAUUUAGCUGAGCAAUGUAGCGAAACAGAUGGGCUCCAGUGCACCGAUGUUGAGACAAGGAAGUUCCAACUGUAUUCCUUGAACAUUGAAGAGAAGUUGGAGAGCUGCAUUGUUCCCAAAAUACAGUCAGUUCAGUUGUCAUUGGAGCUCCCUUUAUUAGGUCUCAAGAAAGAACCCAGACAGGGCUUUAAUGGGGAAGAAGGAGACGAAGAGGAUGAGGAUGAUGAUGAAAGUGAUGACUCCGAUGAAGAACUUGGCAUCUAUAACAUUCAGGAACACAGCGAAGAGAGUGAGGAAGAACUUCCCACUGUUCCCAUUAUUGUAACAGAGAAAGAUGAUGGGAAGAAUCUAAGAAGUCUUCUUAAGUUGCCGAAUUUAGUGUGUGAGACCUUUUGUGAUGAUCUUGACCGAAAGAAGAAAGCCGUAUCUUUCUAUGAUGACGUCACUGUCUACCUUUUUGACCAGGAAAGUCCAACGGGUGAACUCAGUGAGCAGAACAUUCCGGAUGUCGACACAACAUUUCAGCACCAUCCUGAAGAAUUGCAAAACAAAGGGACCAGUGUCUCCACGGCAACAGGGAGGCAGAAUACCUCCAAAAAUUCUUCCGAUGGGAACGCCUCUGAAGAAAGUGGAGGCUUUGAGUGGGAUGACGACUUUCCGUUGGUGUCAGUCCGGUCAUCGCUAGAGACUGAAAGUUCCUCCACUGACACUGCCUCCAGCGCUGCUCCCUCAGGUCCAGAGCAAAGUCAGGCGCAGAAAACCCGUUUCUCCCGCUUCACCAUCUCUCCAGCCACUGUCUCUAGGUUCUCAAUUACUCACGUCUUGGACUCGGAAAUUGAGCCAGCUGGAGCAAGUAUUGAGGAGGGCGAAAGGGAAUGACUCACGCUUUGAGCCUGGGCUGGGAAUUUUAUUUUAUUUUUAAGAAAAGCAAACGGACAAGAUCUGACAGAAAAAAACAGAACCACAAAUGAAUGUUUCGCACUAUGACUGUAACUGCUUUGAAUUGUUGGACAAUUUCAUUGCGAGUUUUCCGGGGGCCCCCACUGUUAACGACAACCUUGCGGGGGAUAACUUUGGUGUACAAUUCCCAACUUUCCUCCAUGUGCUCCCGCGGGGAGGCCUUCCCCUCUCCAGCCGGCCUGCGUUUCAUCGGAAUUCCCAGGAUUUCACUGCAAGCCGAUGCAAAAGACGGAGCAGACUCUUAACUUUAACGGGAAAUACUUUAUGAUACGUUGGAAACUAUCCCUGUCACAGUGAGGAAAAAUCUGACCUUUCCAACGUAGGGCAACUGUGAGGGUUUUCUGAGAAUGGACACUGCAGACUAUACCAGGCUCCAUUUGUAAUGAACCAUUUUUGCAAAUAACGCCAUCCGCUUAUAGUACUCAUCUGCUCGGGCAUCAGAUAAGAAGUGUUUGGAUGAAGCUGAUCAAUAUCCUUUGCUCACGUUACAGUACAAAUGUCCCAUUGAACAUGCCUCUCAGUAUUCAGUCCCAGAGUAUUGUGUUUCUGCCUCUCCGCGUUUGAUAUGGAAUAGUGUAGAAAACCAGUUAAGCUGCAAGCUCUAUACUAUUUUUGUAAAUCCAUUCAGACUACUGAUGAAUAUAUUGUAAAUGUUGCCAAAGAGAUGUAAAAAUUGUGCAGCCCCUAGCUACAUUAGUUGCUACCUGUGUGGCUUUAAGCUGUCGUGUUACAGUACCAAGGAGACGCUGUGUACGUUGCAAUUUUUCGCCUCCCUCAUCAAGCUAUACAGACACAUUUAUUAUAUUUAAAGAAAUGACCAGUUGCAUGAUACCAGUGAGCAGGGUUGUCUUUGAAGUGUCACAGCUGUUAGUACUUUGUAUAACUGAUCAAUACGGGUCAUUACUGCUCUUCAGUGUUUUAUUUCUAUUUAGCUAGCAGCAUGUUUAACUCGCCAGACUAAUAAACUUUUUACAAUA